AUGAAGCUUGGAGCUGCUCUUUUGGGCCGGUCUCUCGCAGCCGAGACAUGUUCUGCUCGCUGUGACGGUGGGGAGACCUCUGAAAACGCGCUUUGCAAUGCUGAGCCUUGUUCGGUCUACACUGACGGAUCAAAUGUAUUUGGCGAUGGAGGCACUUUUGACUCCCUAGAGAGCUGGAUUUGCUCAGCCGGAUGUUCAAUGGAACUUGUUCAGCCCGGGUAUUACUCUGACAACGCUGUUUUUGUCUCUGGAAGGGGCGUUCAGGGUUCCGCAGUAUCUAUGGAUAUUGAUGGUGAUUUGCUGUCAAAUCAGGACUAUAAAGGCCGUGUUUUCUUCAAGCCUGCUGCUGGCAACGAAGCUGGUACUGUCAAAAUGAUGGUUCGAAAUCAAAAGAAAGUCGACAGCUCAAAUCGAUGGAGUCAACUUUCAAGUACUAUUGAUGUCCCUGCUGGAACUGAAGACUCAAGUUGGAUUCCUGUGGAUUUUAAUUGGAACCCACGGGACUCUGUCAGCGGAUCGCCUCAGAACUUCAUCUAUCGGCUCUAUCUCCUGUAUGUCGGAGAAAACGGCCAGUUUGGGGACUACUACCAGGAUGAGUCCUUCAUUGUUCCAGCUGCUGAUCUGGUUUCAUUUACAUCUCUGAUUACUGAUGGCGACUUUGAAGCAGGAACGAGUAUGUGGUACGCACCAACUGGCUCAGAAGUAACUUACAUGAGAGAAGACAACGGCAACACUUAUCUUCUACAUCAUGGCAGAACCGGAAGCUGGCAAGGACCGAUUCACGAUCUUGAAAUCACGCCGGAACUGUUAUCUCAAGAUAUUGAAGCGACAUGGCGGGUCAAAUCGACUACUUCUGAGCAAGUUAGUCUCACUGGUAAAAUCGACGUCACCCUCUCCGAUGGCACCACUGUCAAUCUUCUUAUGCCGGGUUGUUCCGUUCCUGGAGGCGAUUGGAUGAAAGCAAGUGGAAUGGUCAACAUCGGGAAAAAUGUAGAAGAUACUUCUCAGGUAACGAAAGUAAGCUUCAAGCUUAGUGGUCCAGCAGCAGGAGUUGACAUUUCUCUCGACGAUGUGGACAUCCAUUUCUACUCUGAUGAUAAGUCCUGGGAGACAGCCGCCGACAAGAGAAUUAAUGCUUAUCGAAAAUCAAAUGUUCUCAUGAAUGUUAAUGUUCCAAACGCGAGCAAGGUUAAAGUAAAGAUGACAAAGAACGCCUUCAUGUUCGGUGGGAUGUGCGACAAAGACAUGCCAAAUGUCCUCGACGACUUUGAGAACGAUUUCUUUGAGCUUUUCAAUGGUGGUGUGAUGCGAAACGAAAUGAAAUGGUAUCACAAUGAGCGAUUAAUGGAUGUGUACAACUAUGUCGACGCAGAUUACAUGAUCGACCUCUUCGAACAGAAAAAUGCGACGCUUCGGGGCCACGCAGUCUUUUGGUCCGUCGACAAACACGUCCAGCAAUGGGUUCAAGACAUUACCGACAUGGCACUUCUUGAAGAACGAAUGAUGAUGCGAACUGAAGACGUCAUCGGCAGAUAUGCAGGACGAAUCCCUAACUGGGACAUUUUCAACGAAGUUGCUCACGGCGACUAUUUCAGGCGAAAUUUACCAGGUGGAGACGCAAUCUGGAGUAAAGUCAUGGACCGCAUGCUCGAAAUUGAUCCCAAUGUUGACCUCGUCUUCAAUGAUUACCAACUCAACACGGGUGAUUUCAGUGAGUGUUUUCUUGAUGUCACCUCUUCUAUCCAUCAUUAUCUCAGUCAUUAUGGGGUCCAGUCGCACACCAAGAAUCCUCGACCCCUUGCUAUUGAUCAGCGAAUGAAUGUGAUGGCUGGAAAGAAUCUAGAAAAUCGUCUGCUGAUCACUGAAUUUGACAACGAAGAAGUCGAUGUCGAUCGAAGAGCAGAAGAACUCGGUGAUUUUAUGAAAAUGACCUAUUCUCAUCCGAAUGUCGACGCCAUCAUUGUUUGGAGCUGGCUUCGAGAAAUUCAGAAACCAGAUUGGCAUCGCGCCAUGUUUGAGUCAAACGUAGAAGGAAUAGAGACUCAAAACCCGAUAAUCCCAAAACCUGAUGUUUGCGAUAAAUUCAACGUACUCUGUAACUAUCCGCUAAACCCAAACGCCGCGGGUUACAGAUGGCUCGAACUCGUCAAGAACGAAUGGAAUACAACUUCUGGCCAUGCGAAUACCCCUGAGCUGACACCAGCGCUUCUCGCUGAUGAAGGUGUCAGUCUCUUCAGAGGAACUUAUGAUGUCACUGUUUAUGACGCAUCAGACAACCUUCUCCACACACAGACAAUUCACGUGACUGAUCACGAUGCUUGCAAAUCGCUUACAAGAAUCAACUUUGAAAGUCUGGCGGAGAUCGAAGCACUUGCACCGUCUCUCGUCAUGAUGGGAACGACCACCACUCCUGUAAUUGAAGAAAUGGCCGGAUGGGUGAAGAAUGCUGUCAGAAUCACUGGUCGAACAGCACCGUGGAAUAACAUGGCUCUUGAUGCGUCACUUUUGCCUACUGGAGCUGAGAUCUUCUUCGGCGGCGCUUUUCGAAUCGUUGAACCUCUUGAUGCUCCUGUAUCCGCUUUCAUUACUGUCAAACGGAUGAAAGAUGAUGGAAGCUGGGCUUACUCCCAAAUCGAUCGAAUAGAAAUCCCAGCUGAAGAAGUCAACGACUGGCACACAAUCGGAGGAGCCCACACCAUCCAAAACGGCGACGAUAAAAUUUACCUCGUUGUCAAGGACUACAUCGGUGAUCUCCUCGCAGAUAGCUGGUAUGCCGACAAUCUUGCCGACUACAAAGCUUGCAACGAGAACACUUUCACCAUCGAAGAUACUGGAUCGCCGCCAGAUCCAUGCGCCGAUGUUACCUGCGGCGAAAACGAAAGUUGCGUCGAUGGAACUUGUGAGUGCAGCAAUGGCUUUAUUUUUGAUGAAUCAACGCAGACAUGCGUCGCCGAUUCAACGUAUUCCUUCACUUCUUCUUUCGGAACAACGUUCAAAGGAGAAGUAACUGACGCUGGAACCGUCCACUUCAAGGGUAUUCGAUACGCCGAGUCUCCAACUGGCGAUCGUCGAUGGAAAGGCCCACUUGCCACGACGACUUAUCCGACUGAAUACGACGCUACUCAGUACGCGCCAAAAUGCAUGACUCGCGGCUGGAAUGCAAACAGCCCCACUGCUGAUGAGACAAGUGAAGAUUGCUUGUUCGUCAAUGUAAUGACAAAAUCAGAAUAUAUCGAAAGCGGCGAGAAAAAGCCCAUUAUGGCGUACAUUCACGGUGGCGCUUAUAAUUUCGGAGAUGGUCGAGUCGAGUAUAACAAUCUUGUCCUUGAUCAGGGAGUCAUCUACGUCUCGAUCCAGUACCGACUCGGCCCAUAUGGAUUCCUUUACCAUGAAGGUGCGGAUACACCCUACAAUGGAAACUGGGGAUUACUCGAUCAAAAUGUCGCGCUUCAGUGGAUUCAACAAUUUGCUGGCGAGUUCGGAGGUGAUGUCAAUCAAGUAACUUUGAACGGCUGCUCUGCUGGUAGUGCUUUGACCUGGUGGCACUUGACCGUGCCAGAAUCCUGGCCACUCUUCCAUCGGGCGAUAACAAACGGUAUCGGCGCAUAUGCCAGUUUUGGAAACAACUCCGACAUUGAGAUCAGCAAGGGCUACGUCGACUACACCAUGGAUCAAGUCGGCUGCAGCAAUAUCGCGUGCCUUAGAUUAAAGACUCCAUCCGAGCUCAACACGCAUUUUACUGACGCCAUCAAGCAAGUUUACAAUCCAACGAAAAUGUACUUGUCGCCAGGUUUUGCUCCUGUUGUUGACGGACUCAUCAAAACGAAAUCAACCCUUGAGUCGCUUCUUGCAGGAGAGAUUAGGCCUAAUACUCCUAUUUCUUGGAAUUACGCUCGGGAUGAUGCCUGGGGAAUGGUCGAUGGCGCAUUCAAUGAUGCUACUGAUAGACUCGACGUUUUUGCUGGACGAGAAGACGAAAUCUCCGCUGCUCAAUCUGCAUCCGGGUUCCAUGUUCCUUCUGAUUAUUCCGAUCAGAUCCUCCGAGCCAUCUAUGGAGACGCUCAUUUCACCAACCAUCUCCAAAGCACUUUUGGCUGUUCUGAUGUUGACGGUGUCGCUCAAGAUUGCCAAGACGCACUAAGCAGAUUCGGUGUUGCUCACACUUGGACUUGCAACACUCAAUACGGCUUUACUGGCGAGGCUCUUACCAAUCCCGAUAUCGGACCAAUAUACCCCAUGGAAUUGAGCUACAAAACUUGCGAAAAUAACGAUCAAAAUGAGAAAACGCGAACUUGCCACUGCGCUGAUAACCAAAUGAUCAUGGGCAAUCAAAUCAUCGGUCCUUGGCUUCCAGAAGACGAGCAGUUUUUCAAACUCGGCAUGCGCAACUACUGGGGUGAGUUUAUCAGGACAGGUACUUUCCCAACAGGGGAUUUCGGAACGAUGAAACCAAUCACCGAGUUGAAUGGCGAUCUGAACUUGAUCGACAUCACCGGAAUUCGACAAGAACCAGCCUAUGCCGAAGAAUGCGCCGCUUUGAACGCUCUUGCUGACGAGAUCGGCUACCUUGAGCUUUACAACAAUGGAUAUUUUCACGUGGAUGAGCCUGAGAACCCAAACGAAUUCUCUUUCACAACUUCUGACGGAACAACUACGUUCACUGGAGAAAAAACAGCUUUCGACAACAUCCAUUUUAAAGGGAUCAAAUUCGCAGAAGCUGAACGAUGGGCGCCUCCAGUCAUGAAGACCAGCUACCCAGCUUCUGUUGACGCAACAACCUACGGUGCUGCCUGCAUGAAUGCUAACUGGACUCCAAAUACCGCGAGCCCACCUGAGUACUCAGAAGAUUGCCUCUUCAUCAACGCACACACCAAGGCCGAAUACAUCCAAAACGGAGAAAAGAAGCCAAUUUUGAUCUUUGUGCAUGGCGGUGGUCUACAGGGCGGAAACGGCUACGAAGAAUUCGAUGCGCUGAUCUCCAACGAAGAAGUUGUCAUGUUCUCUAUUCAGUACCGAGUUGGCCCGUAUGGAUUCAUGUACAAUCACGAUUCAGUAGAAGAACACAAGGGCAACUGGGGAUUCCUCGAUCAGCAGAUGGCGCUCGCUUGGGUUCAACAAUGGGGAGGUGAGUUCGGAGGUGAUGUUGAUCAAGUGACAAUAGCUGGCUGCUCCGCGGGCGGUCAAUCUAUUUGGUGGCAUCUCACCAUGCCCAGUUCCUGGCCAUACUACCAUCGAGCAAUUACAACUGGAAUCGGUGUCGGCGGCACCUGGAACACUACUGCUAAUUUGGAAGUGAAUAGAAUGUACAACGAGUACGUUGCGUUGCAAAUGGAAUGUGAAGACAUCGAUUGCCUUCGAACAAAAACACCAGAGGAACUCAAUCCUCUCUUCAAAGCUGCUCCAAGCAUGUUCUUGUUGGACGGAAUCUUCCACGACGCUCAGUAUGGUCCGCAAGUGGACGGAGUUUUGAAGAGCAAGACGAAUCUCGAAUCGCUCUACGCUGGAGAAAUCAGGCCCAACACGCCGAUUUCCUGGAAUUACAACAGGGAUGAUGUUUGGAACCUCCUCGACGGUGAAUUUGCUAAAAUGGUCACACGUCUUGAUGAGCUAAAAGACAAGCUGGACGAUCUUGAGGCACUUCAGAUUUCUUCUGGCUUUGAAGUCCCAUCAGAUUAUACCGAUCAAAUGCUCCGAGCUUCCUAUGGCGAUGAAUUCUUCGCCACUUACAUUGAGCCUGUUUUCAGCUGCCCUAAUAGAGAGAAUGGUGAAGUCGUAGACUGCAAGCCAGCGAUGAAUCAAUUCCAAAACGCUCAAAAAUGGAGCUGCAACACGCAAUUUGCUCUUUCGGGCGCGCCAAUGACCGAUCCUAACAUCGGGCCUAUCUAUCCAUUGGAGCUUACUCACGAAAACUGCGUCUCUGACACUCGAGUCUGUCACUGCCACGACAAAUUUAUCCUCUUUGGAAAAGCGGCGAUCUACCCUGGACUUGGGGAUAAAGAGAUUGAUUUCCGAACCGCUAGUCGUGAAUACUGGGGCGAAUUUAUCAGAACAGGGACCUUCCCGAAUGGACAUUUGGGCGAAAUGAAAACGAUCUCAGAAUUGAAUGGUAAGUUGAAUUUGCUCGACGAAGACGGAAUCGUCCAUGACUAUGCGUACGAGCAAGAAUGUGCAGCUCUGAAUGCUCUUGGAGACGAAAUUGGACAUCUUCGAAUGUACCAGAACGGAUACUACCACAAAUAUGACCAAGAACAAAUAUAUUUUCUAAUGAAGCUUUUCCAUCUUUACUGCUGA